GGCCGGCCAGCACCAUGGCGACCUGCAUCGGCGAGAAGAUAGAGGAUUUCAAGGUGGGGAACCUGCUGGGGAAGGGCUCCUUCGCCGGGGUCUACAGGGCAAUAUCCCUAAAAACUGGCCUGGAAGUGGCCAUCAAAAUGAUAGACAAAAAGGCCAUGCACAAAGCUGGAAUGGUACAGAGAGUUCAAAAUGAGGUGAAGAUACAUUGUCAAUUAAAACAUCCUUCUAUACUUGAGCUUUAUAAUUAUUUUGAAGAUAGCAACUACGUGUACCUGAUACUAGAGAUGUGUCACAAUGGAGAAAUGAGCAGAUAUCUAAAGAACAGAAUGAAGCCUUUCUCUGAAGAAGAAACGCGACACUUUAUGCAUCAGAUUAUCACAGGGAUGUUGUAUCUUCAUUCUCAUGGAAUAUUACAUCGGGACCUCACCCUUUCUAACCUUCUACUCACCAGUAAUAUGAACAUCAAGAUUGCUGAUUUUGGACUAGCAACACAAUUGAAAAUGCCUCAUGAAAAGCAUUACACAAUGUGUGGAACUCCUAAUUACAUUUCUCCAGAAAUAGCCACACGGAGUGCACAUGGACUUGAAUCUGAUGUGUGGUCUUUGGGGUGUAUGUUCUAUACUCUUCUUAUUGGGAAACCACCUUUUGACACUGACACAGUCAAGAACACAUUGAAUAAAGUAGUAUUAGCAGAUUAUGAAAUGCCAACUUUUUUGUCAGGGGAAGCUCAAGACCUUGUACACCGGUUACUUCGCAAAAACCCAGCAGAUCGUUUAAGUCUUUCAUCUGUACUGGAUCAUCCUUUUAUGUCCAGAUAUAACUCUGCACGAAGUAAAGAUUCAGGAACCGUGGAGGAUUCAAUGGACAGUGGAAAUGCCACAAUCUCUACAGCCUUUACUGGCUCUUCCAGUGUCAGUGUAAGUGGUUGCUUGAAGGAAAAGAAAAGGCUCUUGGUUGGUCAGCCACUCCCAAAUAAAAUGACUGUAUUUCCUAAAAAUAAGAAUUCCAGUGACAUUUCAUCUGUGGAUGGAAGCAGUUCUUAUAAUCACUGGGGAAUUCAGGGAAAAGAAACUGGCAUAAGUGGUAGGGGAAGAACAAUGCAACUUACUGAAGAGAGGCCACAUUCACGUUAUCUUCGGAGGGCCCAUUCUUCUGAUAGGUCUGGUGCAUCUCGCAGUCAGAUUCAAGGAAUAUCAAACACUGUGGAGAGAUGCCAUUCCAUAGAACUGCUUUCAACGACCAGAGUAGGAGUGAUGGAAAAUACAGAAAGAUUUUCACCUGUAAACAGCUAUGGUGAUAUUCCCCCUAUAUUUAAGGAUAAGACUUCCUGUAGUUCUGGUUCUUUUGAAAAGCACACAUCUCCACCUGUGAAAGACCAAACACACUCAAAUUAUCUCUGUCCAAUGAAGCCCAGUAUUGGUUUAUUAGAACAGAAGUCCCAGACUGAAACAAUGCAGCAGUGGCUUGGAAGCAUACAGACAAACGCUCAGCUGAGAGAGCCUCUGGAUCACAUCAGUACUGAUAACACAAAUGGAGGUUUCCGAUACCAUCUAGGUGUGCAGCAAGAAACAUCAAGAAAUGCCUGGAAUGGCUUAAAAGAUGAUAAAAAUCCCAGUGCCCCCAUUGACAUUGCACAUUCUAUAAAUGAGAUCAGUACAAAGAAAUAUACCUCUGGACUUCAAUGUAAAUCUGACAAAGCUCAACCAGCAUCUGCAUUUGGUCUCUAUCCAACUUCAGAACAAGGAAAAAUCAGGAGCAAAGAACUAUUAGGACAUCAGAAACCUACACUGCGAAGUAUUGUAUCUCCUCUGAAUGCUCACAGGCUAAAAUCGAUCAGACAAAAAACAAAAAAUGCAGUGGUGAGUAUUUUAGAUGCAGGAGAAGUGUGUAUGGAGUUUCUAAAAGAACUCCAUUCCCAAGAGCUUGUGAAAGAAGUUCUCAGAAUAUCUUGUGAUGGAAGUGUGAUCACAGUUUAUCAUCCAAAUGAAGGAAGAGGCUUCCUUCUUGAUGAUGGUCCUCCCUCUCCUCCUGAAGAUGUUGUUAUAUACAACUUUGACAACUUGCCAGAAAAGUACUGGAAAAAGUACCAGUAUGCAGCCAAAUUUGUACAGUUGGUAAGAUCCAAAACACCAAAAGUUACCUUCUAUACAAGAUAUGCUAAGUGCAUGUUGAUGGAGAAUUCACCUAUUGCAGAUGUUGAAGUUUGUUUUUAUGAUGGGGCAAAAAUACACAAGACAGCAGGUAUUACUCGAGUGAUAGAAAAAUCUGGGAAAUCCUACACUUUGAAAGAAGAAAGUGAAAUUGGCCUGAAGAAGGAAAUACAAAUAUAUAUGGAUCAUGCAAAUGAGGGACACCGUAUUUGUCUUGCAUUGGAAGCUGCUGUUUUGGAAGAAGAAAAGAGAAGUGAAAGUGUUCCCUUUUUUCCAAUAAUUGUUGGAAGGAAGCCAGGCAACACUGAAUCUCCGAAGGCUUUGGCACCUCCCUCUACUUUAGUGGAUGUAAACUGCACAGCGAGAGAUGCUACCUCAGCGGAUAGAAAUAUAGCUGUGAGCUCUACUCCUUGUCAUGUUCCCAACAUAAAUCCUUCUAUAUCAUAUGAAGGCUCUGUGUUCACCACUACCAUUCCUGAAACAACCUGCUCCUCCAAUCAGCAAAAGGAAUGUAGUCCAAAUUCAGCCCAGCUUUUAAAAUCUGUAUUUGUGAAAAAUGUUGGUUGGGCUUCUCAGUUGACUAGUGGAGCAGUGUGGGUUCAGUUCAAUGAUGGAUCCCAGUUGGUAGCACAAGCAGGUGUCUCUUCUAUCACUUACACAUCUCCAAAUGGCCAGACAACUAGGUAUGGAGACAAUGAGAAAUUACCAGAAUACAUCAAAGAGAAGUUGCAUUGUCUGUCUUCAAUUCUUGUGAUGUUUACCAAUCCAGCUGGCCCCCGCUGACGAACAUAAAGCAACAUUUUGGGCUAGAAGGCUUAAUAAAUAACUUGCUGGCAUUCAAGUAAAAUGACUGAUUUACUCAGCUUACCAGAAACUCUUAUAGUUCAGAAAUUCUACUCAGUGAUGUCUGCUAAACAGCAGGAAGGAAAGUGUUGCUAUUACAUCUAGCCAGGCAUUUGUGAAACACAUCUUACAAAUGUGUAAUACUUUCCUCAGAUAGAGGACACAAAGUUGUUCUACAUAAUAGAUUCUGGGCAAUCUCUGAGACGAACUGAAUUUUCAGGUAAAGAAUCCCUGAACAAUCAAUCAGAAUUGUACAUAGUUUGUUUGUUUCUCCCCCCCCCCCCC